AUCAAGUAUCUAAAUGAAAUUUACUAGUAAAAGUUUAAGGGUAUCUCAAUGUAAUAAGCCAAACAAAAACUAAUCAAAAGAGGCUAAUAAGUUAAAUCACGGGAGAACAGGAUCCUGCCCUAGCACGUUACCAACCCCUUUCCAAAGAAUCCGCACUGAUUUUACGCCUCAUUAUUCUCAUUCAGGCAAUUCCGCGAACAUCUAACCUGCAGCAGAAAACUUUGCGUUUGUGUUCACAAGUUAAAGACUGUCUCAUCCUUACAAAAUAUAAUGGGGAUUCUAGUUCACAUGCCAUCAUGCUAGAUAAUAAAAAGGGCGUGACGAAUUUGGGGAAAUAUUUUUCUUCCCCCAAAAUUCUCCAUCAUUUGAGUCAUUAGCAGAAAGUACGAAGAAGAUAUUUCUCCUAUUGCUGUCAAAUUCCUUACCGGAGCUCCAUAUUGAAAUGUUAACUAAUGCUUUGAAUAGUUGGUGUAAUUGUUUAAUUGAAUUGAUAAUUCUUCGUGUAUCUGAAAUUCCUUUCAGCUCGUUACUGAAGAACAAAGGGAUGAGGUUACAGAUUCAGAUGAUGGACACCGUGCAUAGAUUUGAUAACCUACAAAAUGAGGACAUCUUUGCUGAGGAAUUUGUUUCAAGACACCUGUUGAUGCGACUAGCAAAACAGAAUCACAUGACAAUGUCAACAAGAUCCAAUAAACCAAAGAAAAAGUGAUAGUGAUGAACUAUAAAGAGCUAUUGGACAUAAUUGAUGAAGAAGACGAGAAAAAUACUCCAUGUUACUUUAGGAAACCAUUCUAUCUUUUUAAGUAUUUUGCAUUACUUAAGCAUGCUCUAUGAUGGUCAUAGAACACCUUAUUCUCUCUUGCUCUUAUUUUCUUCAUGGUUGUUAAAAGUAGAGGUUUUUAACCUUAUUAGGAUUGGCAAGAUAAAGUCUAGCUCCCCUUGCUUGUACUUAUUCCAAUGGAGGAUUUUUAUAUUUUUGUGCGGAUAUGAACAGGCUGGAACUCUGACUAUUUUCACAUUUUCACAUUUUUGCUAUGAUCGCAUGCCUACGGAAGAUCAAAUGGAUGAAGAUACGGAUUCAGAUCGUAGAUACCGUGGCAUGUUGCAAAGGAUAACAAUGAGGAAAUAUGAACGUGAGAGGAUACAAAAGAGAAGAGGAUUAAUUUUGACAUGGGAGAUACUUGAACAAGAAAUGGAUGAAUUCCUUCUGGAGAAUUAUUCAGAUGAUUUAGACUUGGAAAUUCAUAACGUUUCGUUUGCUGAAACUGCUGAGGCACCAUCAGAUUUGAUCUUGCCACUAUUGAGGUACCAAAAGGAGUGGUUGGCUUGGUCAUUAAAGCAAGAAACUAUAUUCAAAGGGGGUAUUCUUGCUGAUGAAAUGGGAAUGGGGAAGACGGUUGAAGCCAUAGCACUUGUGCUUGCUCAAUGCGAAUUAAAGAAAGCAACUAGUGGUUCCAGUAUAUUGUCGUCUUCACUCGGUACUUCCCAGGAACUCCCAACAGUAAAAGGAACUCCUGUUGUAUGUCCUCUGAUUGGAGAAAUGGAAUGGGUUCGCAAGAUUGAACGUUGCACCACUAAAGGAAGCAACAAAACUCUUUUUUAUCAUGGCACCAAUAGGGAGAAAUGUAUGUUCAAACUGGAGGAGUAUGAUUUUGUCAUUACUACGUACUCCACUAUCCAGGCUGACUAUAAGCCAAAAAAGACAAAGAAGAACUGCAGUGUUGGUGAAGAUGUGUCCAAGAGGAAGUCAGUUCUGCAUUCAGUGAAGUGGGAACGUAUCAUUUUGGAUGAGGCAAGUCAUACAUUCAUAGAUUCAUGCAUUAACUUUUUCUUCUCCGAUGUGUGCCCACAGUGCUCCCACCAACCUGCACGUCACUUCCUCUGGUGGAAGAAAUAUAUUGAAAAACCAUUAAAGUCAUACGAUAAUGAAGGUACAGAUGCGUUGGUGUGGUUGAAGUACAAAAUUCUGAAAAGUCUAUUGCUAAGACGUACCAAAAAAGAAAGAGCUGUUGAUCUUGCACUUCCCACAAAGACUGCUAUUGUGAGAAAAGAUUCUUUGUAUGAUAGAGAAUACGACUACUACAAGACAUUGUACAAUAGAAGCCGGGCACAGUUCGAUAUAUAUGUCCAGCUUGGAAUUCUGACUAAUUACUUUGGUCACAUUUUGGCUAUAAUCACACGCCUACGUCAGGUUACUUGUUGCAGGCACGUGUUUUGCAAGGCCUGUGCGAUAUAUUUAUCUGAAAGUGUGAGGAAAACGCCAUGCCCUUCAUGUACCAAACCCCUCACAUUUGACUUCACUGGAAAUAAAGAUAAGGGAGAUUCUAGUUCUAAACCUACUGUCAAAGGGUUUAGGUCCUCAAGUAUAUUGAACAUAAUUCAGCUUGAUAAAUUCAAGACAAGCACUAAAAUAGAAGCAUUGAGGGAAGAAAUUAGUGACAUGGUUGAAAGGGACGGUUCUGCAAAAGGAAUAGUUUUUAGCCAUUUCACAUCGUUUUUGGACCUGAUACAGUAUUCUCUUAAUUUGCUGACGGGCAUCAAUUGUGUUCAAUUAGUUGGAUCCAUGUCUAUUGCCACAAGAGAUGCUGCAAUUAAAAGAUUCACUGAGGAUGCAAAUUGCAAGAUAUUGCUUAUGAGCUUGAAAGCAGGAGGUGUUGCUCUCAAUCUUACAGUUGCAUCACAUGUUUUCUUAACGGAUCCUUGGUGGAAUCCUACGGUGGAGCAGCAAGCCCAAGAUAGAAUUCAUCGAAUAGGGCAAUAUAAACCAGUCAAGAUUGUGAGAUUUGUGAUGGAGAAUACAAUUGAAGAGAGAAUCUUAGAGUUACAAGAGAAGAAGAAAUUACUUUUUGAAGGGACAGUUGGUGGUUCUUCAGAGGCCUUAGGAAAAUUAACAACCGAGGACUUGAAAUCCCUGUUUUAUCAUCACUUUUGAUAUGUUCUAUUUCUUCGGUUUGGCAAACUAAUUGACAUUUUCUUUGUUCAGCUUCUAGCCAAAUUCUUUACAAAAUGUUCUACAUUUGCUUUUAGGCUGUAUGGAGUUUGAUCUGUCCAAAGAGUGUUUCUGUUGCUUCUA